GCCGCGGCCGCGGCCCCCGGCGCGGCAGAGGCGGACGCGGACCCCUCCAAGGAGCUGGAGUGCAAGCUCAAGAGCAUCACGGUGUCGGCGCUGCCCUUCCUGCGGGAGAACGACCUGAGCAUCAUGCACAGCCCCUCGGCCUCCGAGCCCAAGCUGCUCUUCUCGGUGCGCAACGACUUCCCCGGGGAGAUGGUGGUGGUGGACGACCUGGAGAACACCGAGCUGCCCUACUUCGUGCUGGAGAUCUCUGGGAACACGGAAGACAUUCCCUUGGUGCGUUGGAGGCAGCAGUGGCUGGAAAAUGGUACUUUGCUUUUCCAUAUCCACCACCAAGAUGGUGCCCCCAGUCUUCCUGGCUUGGACCCCACUGAAGAACCCCAGACAGAGUCAGCGGAAGAAGAGCUAAGGAUCCUUCACAUCUCAGUCAUGGGGGGAAUGAUUGCCUUGCUGCUGUCUAUCCUGUGCCUGGUGAUGAUCCUCUACACCCGUCGGCGAUGGUGCAAACGGCGUCGGGUGCCGCAGCCCCAGAAGAGUGCCAGUGCCGAAGCAGCCAAUGAAAUCCACUACAUCCCCUCUGUCUUGAUUGGGGGCCAUGGGCGUGAGAGCCUGCGCAAUGCCCGCGUGCAGGGGCACAACUCCAGUGGCACCCUGAGCAUCCGUGAGACACCCAUCCUGGAUGGCUACGAAUACGACAUCACUGACCUGCGGCACCACCUGCAGCGGGAGUGUAUGAACGGUGGCGAGGACUUCGCCAGUCAGGUUACCAGGACCUUGGACUCACUGCAGGGCUGCAAUGAGAAGUCCAGCAUGGAUCUCACACCAGGAAGCGACAAUGCCAAGCUGUCCUUGAUGAACAAGUACAAGGAUAACAUCAUUGCUACCAGCCCUGUGGACACCAAUCACCAGCAGGCCACCUUGUUGUCCCACACCUCUAGUAGCCAGCGGAAGCGGAUCAAUAACAAAACAAGAGCUGGCUCAGCUUUCCUAAAUCCCGAAGGGGAUUCUGGCACAGAGGCUGACAAUGACCCACAGCUGACCUUUUACACUGACCCAUCCCGGAGUCGACGACGCAGUAGAGUGGGCUCACCCAGGAGUCCUGUGAAUAAGACCACUCUGACUUUGAUAAGUGUCACCAGCUGCGUGAUCAGCCUGGUGUGCUCGUCCCACAUGAGCUGCCCACUCAUUGUCAAGAUCACCCUGCAUGUUCCUGAGCACCUCAUUGCUGAUGGGAGCCGCUUUAUCCUGCUGGAGGGCAGCCAACUGGAUGCCAGCGACUGGCUGAACCCAGCACAGGUUGUCCUCUUCUCCCAGCAGAACUCCAGCGGGCCCUGGGCAUUGGAUCUGUGUGCCCGACGACUUUUGGAUCCAUGUGAACACCAGUGUGACCCAGAAACUGGUGAGUGCCUUUGCUAUGAAGGUUACAUGAAGGACCCUGUGCACAAACAUCUCUGUAUCCGGAAUGAGUGGGGCACAAACCAGGGGCCUUGGCCAUACACAAUAUUCCAGCGCGGAUUUGACUUGGUACUGGGAGAGCAGCCUUCUGAUAAGAUAUUUAGGUUCACCUACACCCUGGGGGAAGGGAUGUGGCUGCCUCUGAGCAAGAGCUUUGUGAUUCCACCUGCUGAGCUGGCCAUCAACCCCUCUGCCAAAUGCAAAACGGACAUGACAGUGAUGGAGGAUGCGGUGGAGGUCAGGGAAGAACUGAUGACCUCCUCCUCCUUUGAUAGCCUGGAGGUUCUCCUGGAUUCAUUCGGACCAGUUCGGGAUUGCUCCAAGGACAAUGGUGGCUGCAGCAAGAAUUUCCGAUGCAUCUCAGACCGCAAAUUGGACUCCACCGGUUGUGUGUGCCCAACAGGACUCAGCCCGAUGAAGGAUGGCACCGGUUGCUAUGAUCGACACAUUGGGGUAGACUGUUCGGACGGCUUCAAUGGCGGCUGUGAGCAGUUGUGUCUCCAGCAGAUGGUGCCCCUGCCAGAAGACCCCACUCUGUACAAUAUCCUCAUGUUCUGUGGGUGCAUAGAAGACUACAAACUUGGAGUGGAUGGGCGAUCGUGCCAGCUGAUCUCGGAGUCCUGUCCAGAGGGGGGUGACUGUGGAGAGAGCCGAGAGCUGCCCAUGAAUCAGACUCUGUUUGGGGAAAUAUUUUAUGGAUACAACAACCACUCAAAGGAGGUGGCUCCUGGACAGGUGUUGAAAGGGACAUUCAGGCUGAACAACUUUGCCCGGGGCUUGGAGCAGCAGCUUCCAGAUGGCCUGGUGGUGGCUACUGUCCCAUUGGAGAACCAGUGCCAGGAGGAGUUGUCUGAGCCCACGCCUGAUCCAGACUUCCUGACUGGGAUGGUGAAUUUCAGCGAGGUGUCUGGAUACCCUUUGCUGCAACACUGGAAGGUUCGCUCGGUCAUGUACCACAUCCGCCUCAACCAGCUGACCAUCUCUCAGUCUUUCAGCAAUGCCCUCCAUUCUCUGGAUGGAGCCACUUCCCGAGGAGAUUUUGUGGCCCUCCUGGACCAUUUUGGUAAUCACUACAUCCAGGAGGCAGUCUAUGGCUUUGAGGAGUCUUGCUCCAUCUGGUAUCCCAACAAGCAGGUCCAGCGACAGCUCUGGCUAGAAUAUGAAGACAUCAGCAAAGGAAAUUCCCCCUCGGACGAGUCGGAGGAGCGGGAACGGGACCCCAAGGUUCUCACCUUCCCCGAGUACGUUGCCAGCCUGUCGGAGUCGGGCACCAAGCGCAUGGCCGCCGGCGUCCGCAUGGAGUGUCAAAGCAGAGGCCGCUGCCCCUCAUCUUGCCCACUUUGCCACGUGACUGUGAGCCCAGACACACCGGCAGAGCCAAUUUUGCUGGAGGUCACCAAAGCAGCACCUAUCUAUGAGCUGGUCACCAACAACCAAACCCAGCGGCUGUUGCAGGAGGCCACCAUGAGCUCCCUCUGGUGCUCAGGGAGCGGGGAUGUCAUCGAGGACUGGUGUCGGUGUGACUCAAGCGCUUUUGGUGCUGAUGGGCUCCCAACCUGCGCACCCCUCCCACAUCCAGUCCUGAGGCUCUCCACAGUGCAUGAACCCAGCAGCACAUUGGUGGUGCUAGAAUGGGAACACUCAGAGCCACCGAUUGGAGUGCAGAUUGUUGAUUACCUCAUCCGCCAGGAGAAGGUCACCGACAGGAUGGAUCACUCCAAAGUAGAGACCGAGACGGUGCUGAGUUUUGUGGAUGACAUCAUCUCUGGAGCCAAGUCCCCCUGUGCAAUGCCAGCACAAGUGCCUGACAAGCUGUCUUCUACCAUCUCCUUGAUUAUUCGCUGCCUGGAGCCUGACACCACUUACAUGUUCACACUUUGGGGAGUUGAUAACACAGGGAGACGUUCAAGGUCAAGUGAUGUGACAGUCAAGACCCCAUGCCCCGUGGUAGAUGAUGUGAAGGCUCAAGAAAUAGCAGACAAGAUCUACAAUCUUUUCAAUGGCUACACCAGUGGUAAAGAGCAACAAACAGCUUACAACACCCUGCUGGACCUGGGUUCACCCAGCCUGCACCGGGUCCUCUACCAUUACAACCAGCAUUAUGAGAGCUUUGGAGAGUUCACCUGGCGAUGUGAAGAUGAGCUAGGACCCAGGAAGGCUGGUCUCAUUCUCUCUCAGCUUGGGGACCUCAGCAGCUGGUGCAAUGGCCUCCUCCAGGAGCCCAAGAUCAGCCUCCAGCGCACAUCACUCAAAUACCUUGCCUGCCGCUACAGCGAGAUCAAGCUCUAUGGACUCAACUGGUCAGAGCUGAGCCGGGACCUGAAGAAGACAUGUGAAGAGCAAGCACUAAGCGUCCUUUACAAUGACUAUGGUGACAAAGACUACUGAGGGUUUGAGGAGCUACUUACAACCCUUAAAGGAAGAAUGGAAAAAAGGCAGUUGUGGGGGAUUUAUAAAAGGACCUUCAGGGGGUCACUGCAAUCUCUAAGGACCUAAACCAGGGAGAGAACCUACUGCUUCUCGGUAGCACUUACCUGGUAUUAGACUCUUCUUCAACAUGGCCAAUAGCCUUUCUAGUUAGAGGUCUCAUGAGACCCAGGGUUGUUUUUUUGUUUGGUUGGUUGGUUGGUUCUGCUCAUUUUCCCCUUAGAGGUUCUUUGAACUGCAGGCAUGAACUUGCACUCUGGAAUGGAAAAUACAUUUUUAAAGGUUUGACCUCUUCUCUAAACCCCUCCAAAGUCCUCAUACGGAGUGCAUCUCAAAUUACAAAAAGAGCAAAAUAAUCGAGGCCAGAAGCAGAGAGAAAUCCUGUUUGGAACUCAUAACCCAGCUACUAAAUUAAAGUCAGGAUUGGAACAAUGGUGACAAGGCAUCCAAGUCAGUUUAAAUAGUUUCUGUUGAGGAUCUUAGUCUGGGAUUGGAUCUGAGCAAAAGGUGUUGCUGCAGCCAAGACGGUUUUGCCUCUGUUGCAAAACAUGAACUCUGGACUGCACUGCAAACCACCUUGCUUCACUACAGGGUGAGGAGUUUGCCAGUAGGCACAUCUCAUCAUCUUCACUCUGUCCACUGGUGGUGGGAUCCUGCAGACUCCUUCCACCUUGUAGUCAGCCCGAGCUGGUGAGUCCCAGUGGUCACUGCUGCAGCCCUGUUCAUCUCAGUGAGCUUUUCUUCUUGAACCAAAUUCUUGGGAAGUAAGUCUCUCCCAUCCCCUCUUCCCUCCGCAUAGUAAAAGUUACUAAAUAAUGACUGAUGUUUGCAGGGAGCUCUAGCCAAGGUGUACAUACCAGGGCAGCAUUUACCAGGCUGGUUCCUGUGUCACUAAACCCCAAAACAUGACACAGAACAGCUUUCCAGAGGAGCGGGACUCUGGAGGGUAGGGUGAUGUGGGAGGAGCGAGGGAACAGUAGUUCUGCUUUUCAUCAGGGGUUGCCUCUUAGUUUGCCUCCCCAUACAUUUUCACCUUACCAAAGUGAAGCUCCAUCAUAAUGGAUUGGAGUAGGGCUUAUGCCCCUGAAUAUCCACUGAGAUUAGUUUAGCCAGGCACCUUGCUACCUCCUGAAGAAAUGUGCAGGCCACCCAUUGGGAGAUCCCUUCUAAUAAACAGAUUUUUGGCUUCUCCCAUCAUGGAGCUCAAGUGCGAUUGCUCUCCCUCCUUCUAGCUCUCCUUGACUGGUCCCCUCAGUCCCUGCUACCCUGUGGGGGCAUCUUGCUGCAGAAGAAUUGAGGAUUGAGACCAUUACAGUAAGAAGUCCCCCCUGUAUUAAGAUCUGCUGUUGUCAUUAACGUCUCCUUUUGAAACUCUUGUUAACACCACAGAGGCAA